AUGUCAAAUAUGUUAAAUUAUUGUCGAAUUUGUCAGAAGCCUUUUACAAGCCUGAAAUCUGCAGAGGAUCACUACCAAAGUUCUGACCAUAGAAAAAGGGAGGCUGCCGUAGUUCAAGGGUUUAAUCAAUCCCCUUUAUACUGUGAAAUCUGCAACUGUCAAUGUAACAGUAUUCAGAGUUUUCAAGAACACAACUCCAGUCUUCGUCAUAGAGAGAGAGUUCGUAGAAGCAAAGGGUACAGCUGUGCCCCGGACAUAAGAGAAGAAGCUGUUGGGGCUGGGCAGGAAUAUUGUUUUGAUAAUGGAGCUGAAAGGGGAAAGUGUUUUGCUUGUGAAAUAGAACUGACUUCACUGGCUCAUGCCAAGCAGCAUCUAUCAGGGCAAAAACAUUUAAAGAGAAAACUUGCCUACAGUGGUUCUGGAGUUGGUGGAAAUGUAAGUUUUGCUGAACCAACUUCAACAAAUAUUGGUUUUGCUGCGCCUUGUUCACCAGAUGUUCCAACUGAUAAUUUAACAUGCUCUGUUUGUAAUAUUUCUGUGACAUGUGCAGACAAUAUGAGACAACAUCUAGACAGUGAUAAACACAGGAAAAAGGCGUCUUUGUUUGGGGACAAUUCAACGAUUUCAGAUUCCUCCAAUGAACACCCUCUUUCUUCAAAUUUAGACAGACAGAUAUUUCAGGCACCAGGAAGUAACAUUGUUUCUGUGGAGCAGAUUAGAUCCUUGUUGUCUGGAAAUCCGUGGCAUGGGCCAGAGAGUGAUGAAGAUGACAACCAAAUUAAGGAUGAAGAUACAUUCUGUGAUGUUUGCCAUGUGCCCUUUACUGGUCAUUUGAAUGCUCUGCAACAUUACAACAGCGAAAAACACAAAAAACGUGCCAUGCUGCCUAAAACCAAUUUUCAUAGUCAUGCAAUGGAAAGUGAUAAUGUAGCUCAUGCUAAUAAACUUCUAUCUAAUGUUGGUCAAAGCAGCAAUAUCCAUACAACCUAUCAAAUAUCAUCUGAUCUACCUGGACACAGCGCCAUGAUGAACCCCAGAUUGGAUUCAGUAGAGUACAAGUUCAAUGGAAGCACAGGCUACUGUUUUUUAUGUGAUAUUCAACUGACAUCAAUAGCUCAUAAAGAUCAGCAUAUUAAUGGAUCCAAACAUAUCAAAGCUGCCAUGAGAAAAAAUUCAGCUCCUGUUUUUAGACAAGGGCAAGUUUCCGGCAGACCUGUACCCAAUUCUAAUUUUGAGAGGAACAACUCACAACAAAACGAUCCUGAAACAUAUAUUUUUGAAAAUGGGCGAGGAAGAUGUUUCGUUUGUGAUAUUGAACUAACUUCAGCAAGUCAUGCCCAGCAGCACCUGGCAGGUUCAAAACAUACCAAAGCUGCACAGCGUUUCCAAGGAUCUAACACUGGACAUGAAUACCCUUUAUCUUGUGAGGUCUGUGCUAUUAAUUUAUCUGGACAAGAACCAGCCCAACAACAUUUCACUUCUACAAAACAUCAGCAGAAGGUAGCCAUGAAAAUGUCUAUGGCAGGAGGAAGCUCUGGGAAUCAGUGGGCGACUAAUCCACUCAACCCUUUAGACAGAACUGAGUGGGUUUGGUGUGAGACAUGCGAGUGCCCCUUGAAUACAAUGCAACAACUUAGACAACAUCAAACGACCCCAAAACAUUUGGCUAAAAAAGCGGCAAGAGAAAUUCAAGCCAGUAACAGUGAAGUAUCAAGUAUCAAUUCACAAGAAUUAGACCAUUUGAUGAGUCAGCUGGAAUUAGACUCUGCGAAUAACAGAUCAGUUCAAGAGUUGGAAAUAAUUGAGAGGCAGAUGCAAAAACUGCAAGAAAGAAAGGAAGCCAUUCUAUUGAGAAAGACGAGAAAUGGAACCCGGUUAUCUGUAGAACAAUCUGGAGAGGUUAAUAGUAAUAGAAAUGUUGGACACACAGUUCCAGAUGAGAACUCACCAAAACCAAUGGCCAAUUCACUCCAUGAUUUUUUACAAAGACAGAGAUCAAAUCAAGAACAGACAUCUGCAGCAUACUUACGUCAACAAACUUCCAUCAACAAUCAGCCAUUAGCAGAAGAAAGGAUGUCACGAAAUCAAACGCUGCCUAAAAGUACAGUGCAGUUUGCAUACUUGAGAAAUGACUCACCAAUAUCAUCAUCAGACCAUCCUUAUCCCUUGACUGGUAACAAUGUAACAAAAACAUCUGGAGCUAGAGCUGUCAAUGGAAGUUAUGGUCAAGAGGGAGUAAAUAAUGGUGGCUGUUAUCUAAACCAAAAUAGAAGCGGCGAUUCAGCACGAUCGAAACAAAUGCUGAGUUCGAAAAAUCAACCAGAUGUAGUCAUGGAUUCAAGCCUUCCUAAUUAUUUUCCUAACGCCAAUCUUAUCAGAACACAACCCAAGUCAACAGUCAUGCCCAAACAAAUUAAGGGGCAUGGCCUCAUACCCGACGACACGUCCACAACCUUCAGUGACUCUGAGGAAGAUUUUGAUGAGGAAAGUGGAGCAAAUCUUUUCGGAGAUGACGCUGCAGUCUUUGGAAAGAAGAUAAAAAAGCCUUCCCCAUUAAAAAAUCUUCAAAAUAAAAAAUCUAAAAUGACAUUUGGAAAUAAUUCUGAAGAACAUGCAGAAUCUGAAAAUUUUCAAAUCAAUUCUGAAUUUAAACUUGAUUCUGCAGAAAAUGAUGAUGGCGCUAGUGAAAAGAUGAGUUUACGUUCUACAGCGUCAGAGCAAGAGCAUGCUCGACAACUUGCAGAAAGAAAACAGACAUCACAUGAUCACCAAGAUGUUAUGUCAUUGGCUGAAUCCACUUAUUCGUCAUUUGAAAAUCAAUCUCAGAAACUGUUCCAGCAGAGUGGAGUACCGAAAUCUCAAAGAUCCAUGCAUCAUAAAUUUUUCUGUCAAAUCUGUCAAGUUAAUUGUAACACAGAGAAAGCUCUAACAGACCACAAGAAUGGAGCCCGUCAUCUACUAACAGUGUCAGAAAUGAAAGCCCCGAAAGUAUCACAUCCACAUAUUCAGAAAUCAUUUCGCCGUGGAGCAGUUUCAAGUGACGAUUUGACGUCAACUAAACCUCGAUCUUAUCAACUCGAAUUGUUUUGGAAAGCUAUGAGUUCAGAUCAUGUGUGUUUUCUACCAACUGGAACUGGUAAAACUCUAGUUAGUGUCAUGGUGAUAUCGGCCAUGUUACAGAAUAACCCGACACGUCCUGUUCUAUUCCUAGUAGAUAAGACAUUGUUAGUAAUACAACAAGCUCUGUAUAUUAUCAAAGAGUUGGGCAAGAAACUUUAUGAGAGACCACAAGCAAUUGAUGAAAUAAAUGAUGAUCUUGUCGAACGGGAGUUAAAAAUAGCGGUAUUAAGCGGGGGAAUCUCAAAACUUGAAAAAAUACCAUUAUGGAAGCACGAUAUUAUCAUCACCACUGCAGCAUUUUGCGACAAUCUGAUUUGUCAAGAAGUGAUUAAUUGGAGUGAUUUCAGUCUGAUUGUCAUGGACGAGGUUCAUCACUGCGUCAAACGUCACCCUUACGCGACCUUGAUAAACAACUCCCACAAAGUACUGGACGUCCAAGAUCGACCUAAAUUACUAGGAUUGACUGCAUCUCCUGCUGGCUGUGAUACCGUUGAAAAAACCAUAGAAAUGUUGGUAACACUGUUACAGAAUUUGGGAGACGUGAGAGUUGGAAUUACAGAGGGCAGCACUGAGUUGAAAGAAUUGGACAAAUUUCAAUCAACUGCCCGUUUAGAAAUCCUGUGUCAUCCAAUCACACAAGAAGAAGAAACAUUUGAAAUUCAGUUGAAGAUUCAUCUUUUUCAUUGUUUCAGAAAGCUGACAGACUUGUGUGGAUAUAAUCACAAAGUGUUAGGUUUUCCAACUCGUGAGAAUGACAUCAGCAGUUUUGAAUCGAUGGCAAAGAAAUUAGAUGAUGAAGCACAGCACACAGUUUCUUAUAUCAUUGAUUAUAUGAAUGCAAAAGAUGAUAAAGAUAAAGUUGGUGUUGAUCUACUGCGACUCCAUAUCAAGAAAAUCUUACAAGCGAUUUCAGAUUUGGAAACUGGGUCAUUGAACUUCGCUAUGCCAGAGCUGCAAAAGAUGCUGGGGCCUGGAAGGGGAGAUAAUUUCAAUUUGGUUAAAGAAUAUGGUAUUCCAUGUGAUGGUUUGAUUCAAUGUAUUAGGACUUAUAUCGAUUCUAAGAAACUGCCUGGUGGGGGCAUUGCAGAGAAUGCCUUACAUUCUGCCGCUUUCCGAGAGCUUAUCCACACGUUAAAUAACCCAGGAUAUAUAAACUUCACUGAAGAAUCUGCCAUGGCGCUGGUUUUGGUACAGAUGCGAAGCUCCGCGAAAAAACUAAGUAAACUUUUACAAAACACUUUAACUCACUUGAAGGUGACUCAUUUAGUAGGUCAUGGGAAGGGAAGUGAAAGUGGUAUGAGAGUUCAGAAGCAAAAACGAACCUUAGAAGGAAUAAAGUCCAACAAAUUUAACAUAGUGGUCGCUACGUCAGUCGCCGAGGAGGGUGUUGAUAUCCCAGCAUGCCAAUUAGUCGUUAGUUUGAACCCUCCAUCAAAUGUUACAGCGUUAGUUCAGAUUAGAGGGCGUGCAAGGAAACAUGGCAGUAAUUUUGUUAUUAUAUGUAACACAGAAGAGAAAAAGGAAAAAAUCAACUCGCUGAUUACGAAGGAACAAAAUAUGAUAAAGGCUGCUCGUACGAUUUCCCAGUCACAGCCUCGUUGA